GGUAUGAUUGUUGCGCUUGUCCAGGUCCAACAAUUUUUUCUUCUUAUCCUCUCCCUCACCCUCUCACUCCAUGCUAAGUUGCUAUGGAGUCUCUUUCCAUGCUCCUCUCAUCCUCUCCACCUCUUCAAAACCACCCUAAAACCCUCAAAUCAACCUCCUUUAAAUCCACUUACAUUCUCCCCAACUCUCUCUCUCUUUUUUCUUCGUCUUCAACCCAUUCUUCAACUACCCAAUUUAACCAUCUUUGUCUUGUUAAAACUUUCACCAGAACCCAUCUCUCUUUCACCAUUUUUGACCUCUUUACGUCUCUCCCCUCCCUUGCAGCUGACACUGUUGUCUCUUCAACUGAGCCGGUGUCAGGCAAAAUAAACUUGGAGGCAAUCUUAGUCUCCAUUGAUGACUUUUUCAACAGAUACCCUUUUUUUGUUGCUACCUGUACAUUCAUUUGGCUUGUUGUUAUACCCUUAACCCAACAGUACUUGAGCAAAUAUAAGUUCAUCUCUGCCAUUGAUGCUUUUAAGAGACUCCGUGAUGACCCUAAUGCUCAGCUUUUGGAUAUCAGGAACACCAAGACUUUGGUGUCUCUGGGUUCUCCUAAUUUGAAGUUUUUAAGCAAGACUGUGGUUCAGGUUCAAUUCACUGAAGGAGAUGAAGAUGGGUUUGUUAAGAAUGUGUUGGAUAAUUUUGCUGACCCUGCAAAUACUGUUCUCUGUAUUUUGGACAAUUUUGAUGGUAAUUCCUUAACUGCGGCGGAGUUAUUGUUCAAGAAUGGGUUCAAAGAGGCUUAUGCAAUCAAGGGCGGGGUUAGAGGCAAAAAAGGGUGGUUGGAAAUACAGGAUACUCUACUGCCACCUUCUGUACACAUCAUUCCCAAGAAGAAGAAAAAGAAGGCUAAAGUUUCACAAAAACUUGGGAUAAAUGGAAUUAACCAACAAACUGGAGAUAAAGAAGACUUCUCAUCUUACCCUGAUCCACAACCACCAUCCUCUUCAACGCCAUCAAAGCCAUGAAACUGAUGUUUCAGGAUCUUGCUGAAACUCAAUUAUCUUUUGAGAGGCAUCUUCAAUUAAUCAUAGAAGCUGGUAAGCCAUGAAAGUGCUGCUACAAGGAUCUUGCUGAAACUCAACCAUCAUUGAGAUGCAUCUUCAGUUAAUUAUACAAGCUGGUUACCAAUUUUGUCGAAGUACUAGUGUUGUAUUAGUGCUGUAUUAUGCUGAUAAUAUUCGUAGUUAAUUCUCAACUUUGUAGAAAAUGUGAAGAGCUAUAAAACUAAUUUAUAAAUUAUAAUGUAGAAAGUAAUUACAUUAA